AUGUUCAAACGGGUCAAGAUGUGGAAGGCACACAAAGGGUCGAUACCUACUCUGGGACAAGGAGGAGUUGGUGGUGGCGCUCCGAGAGGUCAAGCUGCAGCGAUUAUCCGAAAGGCCCAAGAACGGAGAGGUGGAUUUUAA